AUGAUUUCAGGUAUUGAAGAAGAUAUAAAAGAAAAACCAUUUGUUGUGUUUUUUUUUUCAGGUCAAGGUGGAAUUCAUAAUAAAUUAGCAGUCGAAUUAUAUGAAAAAGAACCAGUUUUUAAGAAAUGGACUGAUGAUAUUGAUAAUAUUUUAAAAGAGAAAUAUUAUGGAUAUUCGAUGAUUGAAAAAUUAAAAUCAAUAAACGAUGAUGAUAGAGAAGCAUUAUAUGAUCAACAUCUUGCUCAUUCAAUUUUAUUUAUAUUACAAAUUUCAUUAUUUAAAUUAUAUAAACAUUAUGAUGUAACUCCUGAUAUAAUUUAUGGUUUAAGUUUAGGUGAGAUUGCAUCAUCAUAUUGUUCUGGAAUGAUUGAUUUAGAAACAGCAUGUUUUGUUUUAUAUUCAAGAGCAGUAUCAAUUAAUAAAACAUUUAAAGAAUAUGAUAGAACAUUGGUAUCAGUUGAUAUUUCAGAAGAAAAUUUCAAUUCAAAAUAUAGUUUAAAAUUCCCAUCAAUUGAAAUUGCUUGUAAAAUUCAUGCUCAUACCAUUACAUUGGGUGGGAAAAUUACAGAUAUUAAUCAACUAUUUGAAUUGUUUGAUAUUGAUAAUGUCAGUUAUAAAAGAUUACCAAUUGCAUCAAGUUUUCACACUUCUUCUAUGGAAUCUAUUAGGGAAGAAAUUCUUAAUUUAUCAUUCGAUUAUUCUCAACCUACUAUUACUCAUUUUUCAACAGUAACUUGUAAACCAUUUGAUAUCAAAACCCAACCAUUUAAUUCAUUUUAUCUUUAUAAUAAUAUUCGUGAGCCAUGUCUAUUGGAAGAAUCAACAAAAAAUAUUUAUUUAUUUCAUUUAAAUAAUAAUAAUUUAAAUUAUGAUAAUAAUAACAAUAAUUAUAAAAAUAAUGAAUAUAAUUAUGACAAUAUUGAUAAAUUAACAAAUCAAAAAAAAUAUAACCAAUCAAAAAAACCAAUAUUUAUAAUAGAAAUAUCUGCGCAAUACUCUUUAAUUUAUUUUAUUGAGAAAACAAUAUAUGAAUUAUCAAUCAAAUAUAAUGAUAAAAAUAAUAAUAAUAAUAAUAAUAAUAAUAAUAAUAAUAAUAAUAUUAAUAAUAAUAAAUUUUUAUCUACCUUGUAUAGAGACAAAAAUGGAGAUUUAAAUACAUUUAAAAAUGUAAUAUCAAAUAUUAAAGAGGUUUACAAAAACUAA